UGGCGGGGCGGGCAGCGGAGCCCCCGGCAGCGGCCCCGGCCCCGAGCCGCGCUCGCCCUCCGCGGGCGCCGGGCAGCAGCAGCAGCAGCAGCACCAGCAUCGACAGCAGCAGCGGCACCAGCACCAGCAUCGACAGCAGCAGCGGCAGCAGCAGCAAUAGCAGGGGCGGCAGCAGCGGCAGCAGCAGGAUGUUCCUCAAGCUGGCCGUCGUGGUGCAGGUGCUGUCGCUGAUGGCGAGCCGGGGGCACGGCUUCCCGAAGCCCGGGGGCAAAGAUAAAGCUAUACACAACAGACAAUUAAGUGUAGAAAGACCUUUGGAGGAACAGAUUGCUGAAGCUGAGGCAGACAAGAAUAGGAAAAUAGUUCCCACAGAAAAUAAGCCAGAGUUCAGGAAUUAUUCCUUUGCUGAUGACUUGAAUCUGCUAAAGUCAGUAGCAGAAAGAGAGAGGAAUGAAAAAGAAAGGGAAUCAAUUAGAAGCUCUUUGUAUGAACAGCAAUUGGCCAUUGAUGAUGCGGACUCCACCAAGAACCGCAGGGUUGUGGAUGACUAUGACUCUACUAAAAGUGGACUGGAUUAUAAAUUCCAAGAUGAUCCAGAUGGCCUUCAUCAAUUAGAUGGCACUCCUUUGACUGCUGAAGACAUAGUUCAAAAAAUUGCUACGAGAAUCUAUGAGGAAAAUGAUAGAGGAGUGUUUGACAAGAUCGUUUCAAAACUUCUAAGUCUGGGGCUAAUCACAGAGAGCCAGGCCUAUACCCUAGAAGAUGAAGUGGCAGAGGUUUUACAACAGCUAAUUGCAAAUGAAGCAAAGGAUCGUGAGAAGGAGUCUGAAGAUUUUGAUUACCCUCCAAGCACAGCAGACAGUGAUACAAAGGAAAAGCAACACGAAAAAGUGACAUCAAGCAAAACUGAUCAGGAUAGUUUCACUAAUGGGGAAAUUGAUGAUACACUGGAUAACACGUGGUCAUCAUCCAAUAUCUUGGAAAGAAGAAAUGAGCUGCCUUCUGAAGAUAAUUUUGAAGACCUGCAAUACUUUCCAAACUUCUAUGCACUAUUAAGAAGUCUAAAUUCAGAGACAGAGAUGAAAGAGAAAGAGACCUUGAUAACCAUAAUGAAAACCCUGAUUGAUUUUGUGAAGAUGAUGGUUAAAUAUGGAACAAUCACACCAGAAGAAGGAGUUUCCUAUCUGGAAAACCUAGAUACAAUGAUAGCUGUGCAGACAAAGAAGAAGCUUGAGAAUCCUUCCACUGAAACCAAAACAAAGCUACCAGCAGACAAGAGUAGUGAAGAAGCAGACAGUACAAAGGAAGAAGCAGCUAAAAUGGAAAAGGAAUAUGAAAUCUCAAAGGACUCCACAAAAAAUGAAGAACAAAAUGCAGCAGGAAACAGUGAAGAGCCCAGAGGGAAAACUGAGGCAUAUUUGGAAGCAAUCAGGAAGAACAUAGAAUGGCUAAAAAAAAACAACAAACAAGGUAACAAAGAAGAUUAUGAUCUUUCAAAGCUGAGAGAUUUCAUUGAUCAGCAAGCUGAUGCGUAUGUGGACAAGGGCAUCCUGGACAAAGAAGAGGCAGAUGUAAUUAAACGCAUAUAUGGCAGCCUGUAAAAAGCUGAUGGCUGCCAAACAUGUAGAAAACUAGUAUAGCUUCCCCUCCUCCCAGCUCAAUGACUUAUGAUCUGUUAUUUUGAGGAUAUCAUUAGAAAUGCUCUGUUUACAUUGUACUGAUAACUUUCUAGACAGAAAAGAGGAGCUGUAGUGCUUCGUGCACAGACUGCAUACUGUAUUUUCCUACACUCACAAAUCAAACCUAAACUCCAAAUUCUGACACUGAAUUUCUAUUUCACAGGGUAAAUUAUUAUGUAAUGUUCUCUUUGAUUUAUUUUUUGUGUUUGGUUUACUUUUGUAGAUAAAAAAAUCAUUUCUGAUGGACAGGUCUUUUAAUGGUACACCUUUUUGCUCUCACUCCACUAGCUUUCUAUAGAUGCAACUAUGUAAAGGGCAUUAUUAGAAAAUAGUUCAUAGUUCUCUAAAUAAAAUAUUUGAAAAUAAUUUACCUAUUAAAGUUUUCAUUAAUAUUAUUUUACAUCCAGAAAUGUUGUUUUAAAUCCUAAUAUCAUUUUUUCCUUGACCCUUUUUCUGUUCCUUUAUGUAGUAUUCUCUUACUUGAAGCAUAGUGUCAUUAGCUAACUGAUAUAUCUUUAACACUACAACUGCCACCUUUCAUAUUAAAAAAGAGCUGUAUUCCCCCUAUUGUGGCUUCAUUCAGCAUGUAUAAAUGUUCUUUGGUACACCAUUUUAUGAUUGUAUGCAUUAGUUGAAUCCCUUAUCUGAAUAGCCUGAUAAUGAGUGUAAAUAGCCAUUACUUUCUUAGGGGGAAAAAAAUAAUUAAAGCCAUUUUGCAGGGAAAGGAGAGCUUUCAACUGGAGAUACUUUUAGGAACAUGGGUCCUGUUUUUCAGAAAGACUUAACUUAAAAAACCUAUCAGAUCUCAGCAUCCUUGAAUAUCAAGGCCAUGGUCUGCUUACUGACUUUGCUCUGUGUUGAGCAAUAUAGUUUUGGAAAACUAUUUUUGGCAAAUAUAUGCUAUCACUAGCCAAUUACUUGGUACACAAAGGGUGAAAAAGGGAAACAAAAAUGUCACCCUAAUUCUUCUCUCUCACCUUACAGAGCUUAUGAAGAAUGGUUUAAGAGAUCUUUUCAUAUUUAAGCGGAUGGAUGAUUGUAUGCAUGAAGAACUCAUGAAACAAGAGCAAAAGUAAAGACAUUUUUUAAAAAGUAAAUUCUAGACACAGUUCCUGAGAUGCAGAUCCCGAGACUUAUCCCAUGCAGCAGUCAUUUGUCUAAAUGAACUCCAGGAAAGUUCUCUUCUCUUUACUUACUGGUUCUUCAUUGAUCAUUGAGGCUAUCCCUCCUA